AUCCGAUUGAAAGUCUCAUGCGGGCUUAAUCUCUUCCAAUAGCGUCUGUAGUGGUUUCAAUGUUUAACCUGCACGACACUGCGCAGUGCUUUGAUGCCGCAGACGUUGUUUCUAAGACACAAUUCAGACGGGACAUGCUGGCACAUCGACAAACCAUGCAAAAUAUUACCGCAGUAUGUGGCGUUACAGACAGUUCUUGAGAUCUGCAGUUUGAGGCUGGUACCAAAGGAAUGUUAAGCCUUUUAGCCUCCAUCCUAAGGCUUGCAUAGCGAAAUCCCCCGCAGCCUCCAUAGUACUUAGCUCGCGUAUCACCCGCCAAGAAAGCAAUAGCGUGUGCCAAAUUGCAUGCCCGUCACUUGUGACUUCACAUUUUGCGCUAAGCGCUAUCAUCGCCCUGCUGUCCGUCCGCUCGCCCCUCAUUUUUGUCGGCUUAGGAAGUGGGACAAAGACGCGCUGUACUUUCCUCCAAGUUUGCUCUUCCCCUUUAAUGGCUGUGCAGCCCUAGUGGUGGCUACUGGACUGUAGGAUUCCCUGGGAACUCUGCGGAGAGAAGAAUGAAAUAGCCUUCACUCCAAACCGGGAUCAUGGCGGCUCCGCUCGGGCGGGACACUUUACCUGAUCACUGGUCGUAUGGAGUAUGCAGAGAUGGCAGGGUAUUCUUCAUCAAUGACAAAACUCGGAGUACUACUUGGCUCCAUCCCCGCACGGGAGAACCUGUCAACUCGGGACACAUGAUACGAUCAGAUUUGCCCAGGGGAUGGGAAGAAGGAUUCACCGAUGAGGGAGCCAGCUACUUCAUUAAUCACAACCAGAGGACGACCGCCUUCCGGCAUCCUGUGACGGGACAGAUAUCGCCCGAAAAUUCCGACUACAUACUCCAGGAACCGUCAACUUCCCGCAUGUCCAAGCCUCCGCCAGACCACCGGCCCCCUAGCAUGGUCAGCGAGACCUCCACAGCUGUGACCACAUCCACUGUCGACGUCACCUCAGGGUCUAAGACGCAUGGGCUGCUGUGCCUCUCUCCCUGCCUGUCCCAGGUGGCCCGGAGCAGCGGCAAGGUGCACAGCUUUGGGAAGCGGGAGCAGGCCAUCAAGAGGAACCCCAACAUGCCUGUGGUGGUCCGGGGAUGGCUCUACAAACAGGACAGCUCUGGAAUGAGGCUAUGGAAGCGCAAGUGGUUUGUGUUGUCUGACUACUGCCUCUUCUAUUACAAAGACAGCCGAGAGGAGACGGUCCUGGGCAGCAUCCCUCUCCCUAGCUACGUCAUCUCACCCGUGGAGCACGACGAUCACAUCAGCCGCAAAUACGCCUUCAAGGCCACCCAUACAGGGAUGCGCUCCUACAUUUACAACAAGAACUCUGUGAUUGGCUCGCAGGCCGAGCACGGCGGCAUGAGAACGUACUACUUCAGUGCCGACACGCAGGAGGACAUGAACGGAUGGAUACGCGCCAUGAACCAGGCCGCUCUCAUGCAGAGCCACACCGCUGUCAAGAGAGAGGUGGAAAGACCCGACAAGCAAGAGCAACUGGCAGUGCCGCAGACCAAUCACAUCAACAGCUGCAGCAGCAAGAGCCCGGUCCAGCACGAGACGCACUACCCAGCGGAGAUGGGGGAGGGUCCCAGCAGAGGAGAGCUGCUGGCGGAGAGGGCGGAAGCCCAGGCCAGGGUGGUGGUGGAGGUGGACGUGGACGACCUCUCGCCGGAGUCGACAGCCCCUCCAUCGCGGCCCUCGUCCUAUCGUCCCAACGGCCACCCGCCAGGCCACGGGGGCCCCAUUGUGGCCCCUCUGGAGCAGAACGGGGGUGUGGUGUACCAGAGGGGGCGGCCGCAGCGCCCCGAGUCGGAGAAAACGGUGCAGAGGAAGACGGCCCUUGCCCAGGUGGAGCACUGGGUGAAAGUGCAGAAGGGAGACCCCAAGAGCCAUGCCACCACGGAGUACAGCCUUCCCAGGCGGACGCCCCCCACGCAGCCCAAGGCGGGCAUCCUAAUGGGCGUGGACACCUACCAGUCGUUGCCAAAGACCCUCCGCCACCCCGCCUCUGCCACCACGGCCACCGCCAGCACGGCCGCGGCCCCCACCAUGGGCUCCCCGCAGGCGCCCCGCAACCUGCCCAGCGACUACAAGUACGCCCAGGACCGCCUCAGCCACUUCCGCAUGACCACGGACGAGCGCGUGGCCAGCCGCGAGGGCAUGGUGUGGCAGCUUUACGAGUGGCAGCAGCGCCAGCAGUUCCGCCACGGCAGCCCCACCGCGCCCAUCUACUCCGGGCCAGACUACCUGGACUCGGCCGGCGCCUCCUUCCGCGUCACCCUGGAGGUCAAUCCUUAUUCAUUCAAUGUGCCAAAGGUACCCCGGUCGAUCUCUGUGCCCCCAUCACCAUGCGAAGUGCCCCCCUCCGCCCCCUCGUCCAAGCCGCUGUCUCCACGGAGACCGCACACCCCCUCCGACCGCGUUACCGUCAGGCCUCUGAACGAGGUGCCGCUCGCCGACCAUCCUGUCAUGUUUUCACCAAGACGGCCUGCCACACACCUCUCAAAGACCGCACAAAUGGAGAGACGAUCAGUGCCAACCAUGGGAUACAUCACCCAUACAGUCAGUGCGCCAAGCUUGCACGGAAAAACGGCAGAUGAUACUUACAUGCAGCUGAAGAAGGACCUGGAGUAUCUUGACCUGAAGGUCACUGGGCGUGAAACGUUAAAAGACAGACCAGCACGGCCCGUUAAAAUAGCUGAAAGUGACAUUGAUGUGAAACUCAGCCGCUUAUGCGAACAAGACAAGAUCCUUCAGGAGCUGGAGAUGAGGAUUCGCACCUUGAAGGAGGACAAGGAUAAGCUGGAGUCGGUGCUGGAUGUGUCGCAUCAGCAGAUGGAGGAGUACCGUGACCAGCCGGCUCACGCAGACAAGAUCGCCUACCAGCAGAGACUACUGCAAGAGGACGUGGUGCACAUCCGCGCAGAGAUCUCACAGCUAUCCACCUGCACAGUCCAUAUGUGUGUGUGUCCUCCCCGGCAGGAGAUGGAGAAUGCCUGGAGUGAGUACCGGCGUCUGGAGGAAGAUGUGGAUCGGCUCAGGGCAGCGCUACAGGAGCAGAUGAGCCGAUGCUCCAUCACCCAGCAGGAGAAAGCUCAGCUGAGGAAAGAGUUGUGGCGGAUAGAGGAUGUGAUGGCUGGCUUAAGCUCCAGCAAGGCCAACUACAAAAUCACAGUCGACUCAGUGCAGAACCCAGAGCGGAAACUUGUGCCUUCAGUGUCCUCCUCAGUGCCUUCCAUUUCGGCCAGCCCGUCGGCAGGGCAGCUGAAGUCCCUCACGCACAGCCCCUCCCAGCCACUACCUACCCAGCAGCCCCUGCUCCCUACCCAUGAUGCACUGCUCCCGGCAGCAGGGGCGGCAGCAGCAGCAGCUCCUCAAAGCCCCAAAUGGGCGGAGGAAGGUGCCCCUCCUCGCCCCCCUCUUCCUCAGCUCUACAGCCCAGAUGAGCACCCUCCAGAGGUGCCGCCCCUGCCCAGGGAGACCUCCGUCAUCCGCCACACAUCCGUCCGGGGCCUCAAACGACAGUCCGAUGAGCGCAAGCGCGACCGGGAGGUGGGCCAAUACACCAACGGGGAUAAGGUGGAGAUCCGGGCGUUCCUCAGUGAGCCGGAGCUACAUGUGGGUGGGGUGCAGACCCUGGUCAGCGGGUACCAGACUCUACCCAGCAGAGGAGGUACAGGCUCCACUACCCGGCUGAAUCAGUCCUCCAAUAUUUCAUCUUAUGUCACCCUGAGAAGAGGAGCCUCCGCACCAGGCCUGAAGGAGAGACCAAAGAGUGCUCUGGAGCGCCUGUACUCGGGGGAGCCGUGCCUGCAGCGCGGCGGCCGCAUGAGCGCCGAGGAGCAGCUGGAGCGCAUGAAGCGCCACCAGAAGGCGCUGGUCCGCGAGCGCAAGCGCACCCUCAGCCAGGGAGAGCGCCACGCCUCCACCUCCUCCGUGGGCUCCACCGGCUCGGCCCCGGCCGCACCCGGGGGCUCCGGUACCACCACCCCUACCGCCAUCCCCACCAGGCCCGGAUCGGGAUCUGGAGCGCCCACGCCUACGAGGCCCGUCUCGGCUGACCUGGGAUCAUGGAAGCGCGAGCAGGACUUUGACAUGCAGCUGCUGGAGCGUGCGGUGCAGGGGGAGGAGCGGCCGGCCGAGCACCGGGAGAGGCCACGCUCGCAGUCGGACGAGUGGCUCACGCUGCGCUCCAUGAAGGAGCUGGACAUGGAGCCCCUGGACUACAACAUCGACCUCAGCCGAGAGCUGUCUAAGCCUAAGAAGGUGGAGAUCCCGGAGCGCUAUGUGGACAUGGAGCCUGAGGAGCCUCUGAGUCCUCAGGAGAUCGAGGCCCGACACCGCAAAGUGGAGCGCAUCAAGAGCAUCCUCGCCAAGUCCAGUGUCCAGAACUUACCGCCGACCGUGGUGCUGGAUAAGUGCGAUCUGCCCGACCUGGACUCGGCGAUGCAGGAGCAGGAGCGCAUCAUCACCAUGUCCUACGCGCUGGCCUCCGAAGCCAGCCUCAAGAGCAAGCAAGUGGCAGCCAAAGCUGUAUUUGGACACUGAUGUUGUGAAGACGGCUCCCCACCUGGAGUUUUGAAGACGCACGGACGGACGGA